AUGCUGUAUUUCUUCAUAUUGGCGGCCGUACUGGCCUGUGGUCACACUGUCCAUGUGCCGAUGACCAGCGGUCACGACUGGGGAAACAACAUUAAAGGUCACUUCGUCUUCCAUGCUGAUGAGCUGAUUGAUGGUUGGGAACUUAUCAUCAAGUUCUCCUCGCCUAUGGUCAGAAUCCAGGAGAUGGAUGACAAGAUUGGAAAAGUCGUGAAAAAAUCUGAUGAUGGGUUGUUGUGGAUUAUAAACAACAGACCAGAGUAUGGCAUUGCACUUCCGGGAUCGACGCUCGACAUUGUCUUUCAGGGACAAUUUGCAGGCGAUACAGCGCCUACAGCUGUGGCCGAGCUAAUUAACUUCGCGAAAGACGGACAAACAGUUCCGACAGUUGUUCCGUCUACGGAUACGAAGUACGAUUAUGAUGAGAUAUUAGAGAAGUCGAUUCUAUUCUAUGAGGCCCAGCGGUCAGGGAAACUACCUCCAACCAAUCGGAUACCAUGGAGAGGGGAUUCGGCCUUGACCGACCGAGGACUAAACGGGGAAGAUCUCACUGGGGGCUGGUAUGACGCAGGUGACCAUGUAAAAUUCGGUCUACCUAUGUCUUCCACCGUUACCUUGCUCGCGUGGAGUAUGUUGAGAUUUAGAGACGCUUACGAGCACGCAGGGCAGAUGGAGUAUGCAUACGAUUGCAUAAGAUGGCCUCUUGAAUGGAUGCUGAAAUGUCACACAGCACCUGAAGAACUAUAUGUCCAAGUUGGAGAUGGCGGUCCCGAUCACGCGUAUUGGGGAAGACCGGAAGAGAUGACCAUGAGAAGACCUGCAUAUAAAGUCGACGCAACGAAACCAGGAAGUGACGUUGCUGCAGAAUAUGCUGCCGCAAUGGCUGCUAGUUAUCUGGUUUUCAAGGACAAAGACCCAGAAUUCGCUACGAAGCUCCUUACCCAUGCCAAGCAGCUGAACGACUUUGCGACCAAAUACCAUGGACGUUACAGCGACAGUGUGACCGCGGCCGCAGGUUACUACAGGUCUGACGCUUAUGAGGACGAGUUGUCUUGGGCGGGGGCGUGGUUAUACAAAGUCACCAACGAAACGGAUUACCUCACGCAAGCAGAACACUGGUACGUCAGCGGCGGCGCUUGGGGCCAAUCGUGGGACGAAAAAAUUGCCAGCUCUUCGAUUCUUCUGUACGAACUGACAGGAAAAGACGCUUACCUGCAAGACAUCGAGACGACAUUCACCGACUGGAUGCCAGGAGGAAGCGUGCCGUAUACUCCAAAGGGGCUAGCGUUUAGACUUCAGUGGGGAGCUCUCAGAUACUCAUCAAACAUGGCGUUUAUGGCGCUGAUAGCUGCCGAGGAUGGUAUACACAGCGAUGCUUACCGCGCAUGGGCGAUGUCUCAGAUACACUACGCCCUCGGAGAUACCGGAAGGAGUUUUGUUGUUGGUUAUGGAGUCAACCCACCCACUCACCCUCACCACAGAGCUGCGUCCUGUCCCUCAAUGCCCGCCCCUUGUUCUCACGCGGACCUGAAGAAUGCAGGACCCAGUCCUCACACCCUGUAUGGCGCUCUCGUUGGAGGUCCUGGUCAGUCUGACGACUACAAGGACAACCGUGAGAACUAUGUCAACAACGAGGUGGCAUGCGACUACAACUCCGGCUUCCAGGGCGCUAUCUCAGCAUUGGAAUCAUUAAGCCUGAGAGGACUGCUUCCGACAACGUCAUAAAAACAGCUGCCAUUUCUCCUCUGUAC